CCCCCGGGCAAUAGGGGAUCAUGGGGCCCCUGUGUCCUUGCCCAAACUCAAAAAAGCCUAUGAAAAAGGUUCCAGGGGCAUCUCCCCGGGCCCUCGGGCAGUGCCGAGUUUCCAAAUGGUCAGUCCGCCCCUGAUGUCAGCCGACAAUGGACUUCAGUCUGCUGUCAGCUGAAAACAUGUCACAUGAGUGAAGAACAAACUGCACUUCUGUGAUCUACAGGAGAAGUACAGCCAAAAGAGCUUUGGCUGUACUUCUCAUUUAAAGUGUUGAUAAA